GAAACAGAGAGGGAGAGAGAGGGAGAGAGAGAGAGAGAGAGAAACAGAGAGUGAGAGAGAGGGAGAGAGACCGUACGGCUGCGGCACCGAAUGAGACAGGAGAGGUACGAGGCGGGAGAGGCAGAAAGAGGGGAGGAGGAAGAAGUAGCAAGAGGUGGAGAGGGGGCCCCAUACAGGAGAGAGGGACUGUGAGCAACGCGGGCUGGAGAAAAGUUAGGAAAGGAAGAAGCAGAAGAAGAAGAAAAAGAAAGAAGUGGGGGAAACGCAGAGAAGCUUCCAGAAGGAAAAAAAAAGAAGAAGGAAAUGAAGGGAAAGAGCAUGGAGAUAAGGGGAGUCUAGAGAGCUGAAAGAGUGGGAACGGCAGAGUCAGGCAGGAAGGAAGGGGAGGGAAGUCUGGGGUACAAACCCAAGAAGAAAGCCGAGCUGAAGAAAAGUUUUGUGCGUGUGUGUGUGUGCGCACGCGUGCGUGCGCGCGUGUGUGUGUGUGUAUGUGUAUGUGUGUGUGAAGGACGCAGAUGAGGAAAACAGAGCGAGCGAAUGACUCGGAUGGAAAGAGCGGGGAGAGGAGCAAACCCGUCGCCUUCUAAGGCGUCCUCCGCGCCAGCCCGCCGCCGCCGCCGCCGCCGCCGAGCCCCCCGGACAUGUACCCAGACGCCGCGCGGCACAUGCCGUCGGCGGACCCCCACCGCCCCCCCCGGCCCGGCGGCCCCUGCACGUGCCACGGCUGCGCCCGCCGCCCGGACCCCACGGACCCCCGCCGCCACCUCCGGACGGGGGCCGGACCGCGGCCACCCAGGGACCACCCGGCCACGCCGGACGGACGCAGACUCGCCCCGGGGGGGGACAGAGCGGAGAGCCACCGCAGCCCACAGAGGAGGCCUGUGUUCGCCGCGUCGGGCCCCUACCCCGACCUGCCCGGCUACUUGAGCCCCGGGCGCUGGGACCCCUGGGACCCCCGUCCCGCCCAGUGGACUCACCCCGGUGCCCCCGAGCGGCCCGGGGCCAGACACUACGCGUCUGUGAGGGAACAGUGCGGCUGUGUGUCGCGGGGCGGCGGCGGCGGCGGCGGUGGCGGCGACGGGGGCCGUCCCUUUAACGGCACGCCGUUACACACCUUUAAUGGCCGGCCGCCCCCGCCCCUCCCUCCCCCGCCGCCCCCAGAGUUCAGGGGUCAGGGGGACGGCCCGCGGCGGACCAGUGACGGGGAGGAGGGAGAGGGGGGCGAGGGGGAGGGGGAGGAGAAGCCCGGGGAGGAAGGAAACGGAAAACAGCCGAGGACGGGGCGGGAGCGCGGCGGAGGCGGAGCCGGCCGCCGUCGCUCCGAGCAGCACGCGGGCCGCCCCUGGACCCCCUCGGGGUACUCACACGCCCCCAACGGCCCCCCGGGGCGGAGGGUGAGCUCCGAGACCAGGGAGCGGGGGUGCAGGCAGCCGCCGGACUGGAGCUGGAGACCGCUACGGGUCCCGGAGGAGGGGGUUUACAGCGUGCCCGGAGCCGCCCACAGGGGCUUCUUCUCCACCGAGGUCCCCCAGAAACACUUGAGCUACAGCAGGCGGAAGGGGCCCUGCGUGCCUUCGUCGCCCCCCACCGCACGGAGCCAGGGGCCCUCCCCGUCCCCCAGCCAGGACCGGCCCCGGGGCCAGGGCUCCGACCCGCCCCGGCCGGGGGCCGCCACGGUCCACGAACAGAUCCGACAAGUGGUGAUGAACCUGGAGGACGUGCUGGGCGGCUUGAAGCAGGUUCACUGGGAGAUGAAAGAGGUGGUGGACCACAUCGACCGCCUCACGGCCAACAUGGACCUCGGCGACGAGGGCAUCGCCGUCACCCCCGGCAACGAGCCCGCCGACUCCUACGUCCCCCCGCGCCCGGUCGACCUCGGCCCCGCCGCGGCCCCGCCGCCGGCGCCAAACCCCAAACCGCCGUCCGUCCAGAACCACGUGUUCCUCAGGACUAACGCCCCCUCGCCCGUUCACGUGGCGUCCGUGGUCAAGACCAGCCGCGUCCCCCCGCCCCCGGGACCGCCGGGCGCCGGGGACGGGGCGGGGCGCAAGCGGCCGCAGCUGGUCUCCAACGGCCACCUCCUCAACCUGUGCCCGCCCAGGUACUCUGAGCUGCAGGACCCCUGGCGCCGCGGCACGGACCCCGAGGUGGGGACCGCCGCAGGGACGCGGUCGCCGGGGCCCAGGACUCAGAAGCCCCCGCCGUACCCCCAGAACGGGAGGUGCGGGAAGGGCCCGGUGCCCCCUCCCAUCCCCGUGAAGACCCAGACCCCUUACCCUGGGAGACGCAGACAGAACACCAGCAUGGUGUGACGGAGAGGGCCGGCCGGCCUGGGCCCCCAGGGGCCUGAAAUAAGACCCGGGAACGACGAUGGAGGUCUGAAUGAGCCAGCCAGGGCGAGAACGUAUGGACCCUGCCACUAGGAAGCAUCUCCCUCUACGACGGACAGAUGAGACGGACUGGGGAAGCAGGACCCUCCACACACAGGAGGACGCAUGAAAGGAGAUGAAAAGGAACUGAUAGAGAGAGAGAGUUGGAGAGGGAGAGGGAGAGAGAGAGAGUUAACCUUCCAUCGGGCAAACAUGACCCGCAAGCCUGCAUGGGGAGAAGCAUCUGAAGAGGGGUGGACUCAUCGAAAGGUCUCCAAGCUGUCUUGUGGGUCUCCUGUUGGCGGUUGCUCUUUCCCCUCUAUUGGAUGGAAUAAACGACGAUGGGUCACCGUAUCCCUCAAUCCCUACCGACGUCACCACCGCCCGCAACCCCACCACCACCAACACCAUCAGCCCACUACCAAGAUGAGACGACCGAGGGACUGUGCAUCUAUUUAAGACCUAAGAUGGAUAAAUGAUUCACUGAAUCAGUGAAUCAUUUAUCCAUCAGUCUGACGAUGGUGUGUGGAGGGUCUCAGGACGCCGCGUCACAUGACACCCCGUCUCAGGACACCACGUCACAUGAAGUAGGCCGUGGCGACGCGUGGGCUCGUGGAGGAUGAGGUCCACAUGGGGGACAGGGCCUGUAAUGAUCCCGAAUCCCACAGGGUCACUGUUGAGUUGGAGCACAUGCUUCAUCUAAGGGCUAGCUUCUCAGAUUCCUCUGUGCUCUCAGAUAUUCUGUCAAUGUUGCUCCCUGACCACUGAUUGUUACCGCAUUUGCAAAUUGAUUAAAUAAAAACCAUGCCUGUCUCGAAAUAGGUUUCGCAUCCGGAGGCGGAAAAAAAACCCUGAAUAGGUUAUUAAUAACGUGAUCAUCUCUCAGGUGGGAGCCAUUCAGCCAUAUUGGACCCAGCAUGGGUCCGUUCCCGACUUUCCAUGCAUGCUGACACUCAUAGGAGCGUUUCACCGCGUUAAGAAGUCUGUGUUGUGUGACCUCAUUCUGCCAGAGAGCUUUGUGUCCAAGACAAAUCUGUGGCAUCAUGUUGUCUUGCUUUCACGUUUGGUUUGUCACUUUCACAUGUUUGUAUGACUUCAGAUGCCAUCACGGUGUCAACAAGACAAAGGGACUUAGUCUUCUCUGCACUUUGCAGCAAUACGUUCCAUUAUGUAUUCGAUGAUGUAUUCAUAUAUAGGAGGUGUUCUGUUCCCAGUACACUGUGACCUAAUUAUUAACCUUGCUAAUAUAUUUUAUGGAUUCCUGUCACACCCUGUC